GCCAGGCGCGCACGAACGGACCUGAGUUCCGCAGCUUCCGCGGACUUGCUCGGGUGGCGAAUCUGCCGUCGCGGCACAGUGCGUAGGCGCGUCAGGCCCGGGACGUGAAGUUUGUGGAAUCUGCUGCGGGGAGAACGACGCCAGCGUCUCUUGGGCGACUGCAGCCAUGGCGGCGGCGGCGGCCCCCGGUGCCGGCGGCUCGGCGCCGCAGGCGGCGGGCUCGGCCGAAGCCCCGCUGCAGUACAGCCUUCUCCUGCAGCACCUGGUGGGUGACAAGCGGCAGCCCCGGCUUCUGGAGCCCGGCAUGCUGGGCGGGAUCCCGAGUCCGGCCAAGAGUGAGGAGCAGAAGAUGAUAGAGAAGGCGAUGGAAAGCUGCGCCUUCAAGGCGGCGCUGGCCUGCGUGGGAGGAUUUGUCUUGGGAGGUGCAUUUGGGGUGUUCACCGCUGGCAUCGAUACCAAUGUGGGCUUUGACCCUAAGGACCCUUACCGGACUCCGACAGCAAAGGAAGUUCUGAAAGACAUGGGGCAGCGAGGAAUGUCCUACGCCAAAAAUUUCGCCAUUGUGGGCGCCAUGUUUUCUUGCACCGAGUGUUUGGUUGAAUCUUACCGGGGGAAAUCGGAUUGGAAGAACAGUGUCAUUAGUGGCUGCAUCACUGGAGGAGCCAUUGGUUUCAGAGCUGGCUUAAAUGCCGGGGUCAUUGGUUGUGGCGGUUUUGCUGCUUUCUCUGCUGCAAUCGAUUAUUACCUACGGUGAGAGUGACUGCCUCCGGGGACGGACACCGCCGCCCAGGCCAGCGCUGCUCUCGGAGGGCAUUCCCGCGCCGCCCAGGGCCCUCGCUUCAGACCCUAAAGACGGUUGUUUCCCCUCAGACAGUCGUGUUGUGAGGAGUCACCUGGCCACUGGACGCCUCCAGCCUCUGAGCAGCCACACUCUGCUCCUGGACACCAGCCUCUCUCUUCCCGGCAGAUUAGGAGUCAGCGUGUUGACUUGUAGAGAUUAAGCUGCAGAUUCGGUGCUGACCACACGUGGCCCCCUGGCUGGUUGGUGCGGUGGGAAUGGAGGUGACUUUACAGACCCAGGACGCUGCUUGACCUCGGAACUCCAUGCAGUCAUCCCUCCCACAUACCCCUCAGGGCAGCACAGUAAAUGUAUGCCUCUGACCCACUGUGUCCCUUGGUUUAGCAUUCUGCUAUCCUUGUUUAAAAAAUGUAUUUAUAUUACAGUUUAAAUGGUUUAUUUCUUAAUUCCUCAAAAUGGUGCCAGGUGUCCCAAAGAUUGAACAUUCAAAGGAGAAACCUGGAGAAAGCUCCUGAGAAGUCUGGGAUUGCUAGAUUUUCAGGGUUUGUAGUUGUGUUACCCUCACUGAGACUGUUCUAUCAGCCAGGGCCUUCCAUCCAAGAAGCCAGCCUCGCCACUUCCUAGAAUGCAUCGAAACCCCAAGGGCAAGUCCUAAAAGUCCUACUGGCCUCCCCUAAAAGCCUUCCUGUGGGCGGCUGACGGGGAUGCCUGCGGUCUGAGCCACUCACUGGUGUGCUCUGAGCACUGGACUCGGCCUGGCUCCAGGACACGUGAGGAGCCUGCUCUCACCGUUCUGAUGAUGAAGUCACAGCAGGUCCCGGGUAAAGGCAGGCAUCGUCGAGGGGUUGUUCACCACACCCUUGAUCUCUGGUAUGUGUUCUUUUGCUUUAACAUAUUAAGUGUUUUUUACUUGACUUGGUAGCCCUUUCUGACGACAAAAGCUCAGUGUAAUUUGUAUCCUAGACAACCAAUAGCCUUUUAUGAUUAGGA